AUUUUGAUCGCCCCCACUAGUUUUUUCAGUUUAUUGCUAAGUUUAAUAAUUGUCAGAUAUUAUCCAGUAAUUGUUCUACAUUUAACUUGGGCCAUUUCUAAACAAGCAUUUCUAUAUGCAACCUCAAAAUGCCACCUGAUGCAACCUAUGCAACCAAAAAUACCUUAAUCAAAGCCUCUUACAUUUAUUUAUGACGUGACAGUUUAUGAUUACAGUCAUUACAGUUAUUUACACUUUUUACAGUUGAUUUACAAAAGAUUUACCCGUGGUGUUUACCAAUGUGUUUACAAUUUAUAAACAUAUGUUCUCUAUUUUUAUGUUCAUGAAAAAUGUUUAUAUGAUGUUUAUGUUGUCUUAAUAGUCUUAAACAUAUGACAAUACAUUACGUAGGUAAUAAUAUAUUAAAUAACUUAUAAUUCAUAGAUGAAGGAGUAAUGAAAUAAAAUAGAAAUAGAGUUAAAGACGGCUAUAAAAUGAAUGCAUUAGGCUUAAGCACGCUUUUGAAAAUGGGAUGUUUAUGUAUAAGAGAAUCCAUAGACAUUAAUGGCAUAAAAUAUGUUGUUAAUGAACGACUUGGAGAAGGGGGCUUUUCAUGUGUUGAUUUAGUAGAGCAAACAUCUACAAAAAAGAAAUUUGCCUUGAAACGAAUUACUUGUCACAGCAUAGAGGAUCAAAAAAUAGCAAAUCAGGAAAUAAUGUAUUACAAAAAAUUAAAACAUCCUAAUAUAAUUCAAUUAAUUGAUGCUUGUAUUAAGGGAUCAGCAGAUAUCGUUGUACAAACUACCUCAGAGGCUUAUUUAUUGUUACCAUAUUAUAAACGUGGAACUUUGCAUGAUUAUUUGACAGUUAGACAAUCUUCUACGAAUUAUUUAGACAUAAGAGAAGUUUUAAGAUUGUUUUUAGAUAUAUGUGAAGCUGUUAAGUAUCUUCAUAAUUAUUCUCCAGAAGCUAUAGCUCACAGAGAUAUAAAAGUAGCAAAUGUUUGUCUUACUGAUAAUAUGGAUCCUAUUUUAAUGGAUUUAGGAUCAUGUACGACGGCUAAGGUACAAAUUUGCGGUGUUCAAGAUGCACAAAAGUUACAAGAUUUAGCAGCUGAGAGGUGUUCAAUGACAUAUAGAGCCCCAGAACUAUUUCAUGUAGAAAGCUAUUGUGUUAUUGAUCAGAGGACUGAUAUAUGGAGCUUAGGGUGUCUUCUGUAUGCAUUGCUAUAUUUUAAAUCACCUUAUGAUAUAAUAUACGAGAGAGGGGAUUCAGUAAAUUUAGCAGUGUUGUCUGGAAAUAUUUUUUUUCCGGACAAUACACCAUUCCCACAGGAACUUCACGAUAUUAUAACUUUUAUAUUAAAAGUUAAUUCUGCAGAGAGACCUUUUAUUGAGGACGUCAUAGAUAGAGUGACAAAUUUUAAAAGACAGUUUGAAUUUGCCGUAUAGUAUUUUAUGUGGAUAACAAUUUUAAACAAAUAUUUAUU